GUCGUUUAUCUUUAUGCGACCGGUGCUUCUGUGCAGGUUCCGCUGCAUGUGCUGACAUCAAGGUGCUUGGAGGACUCAUACAUUAAACUGUUUUUGUAAUUAACAUUGUGAACUGUUGUGCUCGUAGAAACAUUCUGUUUUCAUCGCACCAAUCUCGUUUUGCCGGGAAAAGCAGUGAGUUGUGUUGCGCAUAAGUGAUUCCCAUCGGACAUCUAAUCUCCUAAUUUUCACAUUUGCAACAUAAAUUUUUCAUUGCUGUUUAAGCAAAGUAUUAUUUUAGAAGUUAGAAAUAAGAAAAUGGUCAUGGAGGCGUUUCCUUCGCCACAAAAUGUCGGUCGUGAAUUUGUCCGACAAUACUACACGUUACUUAAUCAAGCUCCUGCUCAUCUCCAUAGGUUUUACAACCAACAUUCAUCCUUUGUGCAUGGAGGAUUAGAUUCUAAUCGAGAAUCAACUCCUGCAAUUGGUCAAAAACAAAUACAUCAAAAAAUUCAACAAUUGAACUUUCGGGAUUGUCAUGCCAAAAUAAGUCAAGUUGAUUCACAGUUGACUCUUGAAAAUGGUGUUGUUGUGCAAGUAUCUGGAGAAUUAUCUAAUGCUGGACAACCAAUGCGUAGAUUUACGCAAACAUUUGUGUUAGCAAUACAAGCACCUAAAACAUAUUAUGUACAUAAUGAUAUAUUUCGUUACCAAGACUUGAUCUUUCCUGAUGAAGAAGAAACAGAUGUUGGAGGUAUUGAAGGUGGAGUAGGUGAGUCUGGAGAGAGGGAAGGAGAAGAAGGAGGGCGUUCUGAACCAGAAGAAGAUGAACAUCAAAAUCGCGGGCAACAAGUUCCAGCACCGGCUACAUCUACAGAACCACAAGCUCAACCACCACUUAUUCCUACACAACAACCUGUUCUUCAACAACAGCAACAAAUGUACUAUGCACCGCAACAGCCACAACAAACUCAUGUUCAUCCUGUAAUACAGCAAGUACUAAAUGGUUCAGUUCAUGAAGAAACACCGUUAAUUAAUCAACAGCCACCACAACAGCAACAACAACAGCCACAGCAACCACCUCCACCACCUGCGCAACAACAUCAGUAUAUAAAUGAGACUACGUCACAAACGCAAUUUGUACAAGAAACUGAACUGGAUUCCGCAGCUGAACAGCAACAACAAACAGAAAAUGAGCCCCAGGCUCAAUCGAACGAGACUCGCGAACAGCCCGAGCCUGAAACGUUUACUGCAUCUGUACAAGAUUCUGAGCCAGAACAUCAAGUUGCAAAUACAAAUGUAACUAGCAGUGGACCGAAAACGUAUGCUAAUCUCGUGAAAUCAUUCCCCAGUACCACCGGGGCGACUAGCCCUCAGGCUCCUAAAUUGUCGAUGUCGCCGCCCCCCAUGACAAACUUGCGUUUGGACGACAGAUCACCACUACAUCCCUCUAACAGUGGACCUCCGCUAUCGACAACUAACGUUUCUGCUCCUCAACAGCAAACUCAUAGAAUUAAUAAUCAGCAACCACAGCAACAACAACAUCAACAACAGCGAGCUCCAAGGGGAGGGGCAGUACAACGAGAUGGUGAUCGUCGUGGUACGAGACAAAGUCAAUAUAGUGAUGCUCAUCAGCUAUUCCUUGGAAACUUACCGCACAAUGCAUCGGAAGAUGAUUUACGUCAAGUGUUUGAAUCUUAUGGUAGAGUUGUAGAAUUACGUAUUCACAGUAAAUCGAAUGACAGGUGCAAAGGACCGCAAGGAAAUAACACAGGAAAAGUGCCUAAUUACGGGUUUAUUACUUUCGAAGACCAACAAGUUGUUAGCAAAGUGUUACAAAACUUACCGAUCUAUUAUCCUGCUGAAAAUGGACAGAAACUGAAUGUGGAAGAGAAGAAGGUGAAGCCAAGAACGAUGGAAGGUAGUGGUGGUCGGUUAAACUCUAACGACGGAAAUAUGAGAGCGAUGGGAGGACAACAGCAGCAGCAGCAACAACGAGGUCCAGUCACAUUUUUUUGUUAUGUAGGUGGACCUGGAGGUAUGAUGAGAGGUGGUCAACAUGGUACGAGAGGUGGACGCGGAGGAUUUUCACGAGGUGGUGAUGGUGGAAGGGGAGGUGGCGGUAUGCGACAGUCUGGUAAUCCAAACAAUCUAAGUUACCAAAACCGCCGCUAAUACUUCAAGCAAUGUCACAGGCACUCUUCAGUUUCUUUAUUUCUGAACAAGUCAUCGGUAUAUAAUUACCAUCUUCAUUUUUUAAACUCAAAAUCCAGGACUAUCUCAUAUGCCACACAACGUGAUUAAAGGCGCUAUCCUUUUACGCUUAAACAUCGCUUGCAUCGUUUGUCAAGCAACAACUAUAGAUGACGCAGCUCAAACUGUAUGGGACACGAACUCAAGUAGGAUAAUCGGGUUAUUGCAUUUAAGCUAAGUUCGUAUUCGUACGAUAAGGAACAAUUAAGGAAUGAUUUAGUAAAAUAAUUCAUUGAACGUUCAACUCGGUUUGUUGGAUAUUUGAUGAAAUAAAUACUACGAGUUCGUCCUUCAUACAUCGACGUCAGGCAAUUUACAAGACUUUACGAUGAAGAAGAAAAAAACAAAAACUGCAUUCAGUAUAUAUGUAUAACAGAGCGACGCGUGAUAUCCUCUUUAGAAAUAUGGGUGUGUUUCUGUCUCCUGAUACGUAGCCCACGUUUCUUAGAAACCAACAUCCAAGAAACAAAAUUGUUGCCAAUUUUUGUGAUAGAGUGCAGAAGAUAACUCGAAUCAAGUUUUUUCGUGUUUCUCGAGCACGUGUGCGGUAUAUAUGAACAAGAGACAAUGUUAGAAAUGUAUAUCAUACACAUACAUACAUAUACACACAGAUAUAUGUGGAAUUAAGAUUCGGUAACAUACCGUUUUGUUUUCUUUUGGAUAAAUAUUACGAAAAUCAUACGUCGCUCUUUUAGUUUUCUUUGUUUGCCAAUCGCAUUAAGGAGACAUAAGCGGUGCGAAUUCCGCUAUCGUAUGAAUAAGUCACGAGCCAAACAAAAAAAAAAAAAAGAAAAAAAAAUGAAAAAAAAGAAAAAAAAAUGAAAAAAAAGAAAAGAAAAAACGAAAUUAAAACGAGAGGAUACGAAUCGUUUUAAGUAUGGAAUAUCGUCGUACAAUUUUCAUAUGCUCUCGAGUUAAUUUAUUGACUGCCGAUGUAAACGUUCCACCUAAAUGUAGAAAGUCGGCAAUAAUGUUUAUAGGUGGUAGUUGGUCGGUGUUGGUUAACGAGUAGAGAACUGCGGCUGUUCUGUGGUCGCAUACAAAAAGACAGUCGAUUUUUUUUUUUUUUUUUUUUUUUUUUUCACAAAACAUGGCCAACUGUCAAUCGACCGGUAUCGAUUGAUAGUGGGGAAGUACCCUUAGACUGCAGCUGGUCUCGCCGUUUCCUAAUUCAUCCGCGUGUCGCUUAUGCUCUAUUUUGUUCCAAUCUGCUGAUUUUUGUUCAAUUUUCUUUUUUCCAUUCUACAUGCUUCUUCGCGUAUCAGGCUGUUACCUUUCCUUCUUAUGUUCAUCUUCAACUCUUUCUCCCUACACUUUUUUUUGUCGAUUCUCCGUUUCGUUUCUCUUUCCCUUAGGUCGUACAAAGAGGGACAAAAUGCCAUUUCAAAAUUAUAAAUUCGAUAAGAUUGAGAAUUGUCUAAUAUCUGACAGUAUUUGAUAGUCUCUGGUGAUCGCAGAACUCGCAGUGCGCUGCUAAAGACAAAGAGACCUAGUACCGUUAUAACAACACAAAAUUUUAGCUUGACUUUGUGCAAAACUUCGUAACUACAGAAAGUUGUCGGAAAAUUGACAAUGUAUAUUGACGAGAAAAAAAAAAAAAAAAGAAAAAAAGAAAAGAAGAGGAAAAAAAAGAACAUUUCCCUGCUUACUAACGUAAUAAUUAGUAUUAUUCUUGUAAUUAUUACACAUACGUAAAUAGCAAUUUUUCAAAGUUCGAUCACGAGUGAUAAAUACUCAUAAAGUUUAUAACGUAAAGAUGUUAUAAACUACUUUGGUCUGGCCCUUUUCUUGGAUAUUGUACUUCCAUAUCAAUAAUUAGAUCGAAAUAGACGUAUGAUAAUCAUUUUCGAUGAUCUUGUUAGUUUUCUGGCGCUAAGAUACACUUUUAAAUGUUUCUCAAUCUACACGAUGUCGUACGAGCGAAUAGUUUCUAUUCGCAAGUGAAGUAAUAACAGCGAUAUUAGUGAAAUUAGAUUGUCGGUCUGACUUAUCCUUUAAGGAUAUCCAGCAUAAAUGGUAAAUUCAGCACGUGCACUUAUUCUAUAUCACCGAAAUGGAAUUGAGGAAUAUUUUGAUUCCUGUAUCUUCAUAAGUACCCUAAUGUGUAGAUAGUAUUUUCCUAUCUGUAUUUUCGACACGUGUCCGUAUAAAGGUGCUAGGGCAGACAAAACAGAGGAGAGAAAGUGAGCGAGAAAGGAUGAGAGUGAGUGAGUGAGCGAGAGAGCGAGAGAGAAUUGCGUUUAUUAGAAGAAAAAAAAAAAAAAAAAGCGUCGGAAAUAUUUUCGAAUUUCUAGUAACAGUUUGCAAGAUGCGAAGUCCUGCGAUUAUUAGAGACAGGGCAAUAUAUUUUUUCUGGCCUAUAUUCGUCACAUGGUUUAUUGUUUUCCGUUUGUUAAAAUCAGAGUAUCGUUCUUUUUUCUUUUCUCUCUCUUCAAAUUGUCAUCGCAUCAAAAGUCAUCAAGAAGAUUCAAUCAGAACAAAAUUUUCAAGCCAACAAUGAAAAAAAAAAAGAGAACCGUGAGUGCAAAAAAAAAAAAAAAAAAAAAAAGAGAAAGAAAAAAAAGAGGUAAAUACAUGAAACUACCAUCGUCGUGAAGCAAUGGUAGUAUAGAUGCAUAUAGUAAUUUAUGUGCCAUCUCGUACGUGUACACCUCGCCGUAACCUGAGUGCACAGGUGAAAAUACAGAAGAGCAAACAGGGACGAAACUGUUUUUCCUAAAUAGUGCUGAGAAUACAGAGGUGAUAACGAAUAUGUUGAUGGUGAUAAAUUAACUGGUCAUUUUUUUCUUUUCUCAAAUCUGGCAAAAAUGUUGCAAAGUGCACGGCGAUUAAACCACACAUACACACACACAAAAAAAAAAAAAAAAUACGCUACGAUAUUAAGGCUGAGAACAUGUGAAAAGUAAUUAUUUACGUUUCUUAUUGAUCCAUUAAAUUGUUACGUAGUCAUACAUUAAACAUCCGCAAUAGUUUGUAAUCGAAUGCGUUUACAAUUGCCGUGUCCGGGAUGUAGCAGAAUCAUCAGCGAUUCAAAGUCUUCGUUCUACUCUCUCUAAAGACCUGUCAAGGUCUCCGCGUAACUAAUUUUAGUUAAUCGUAAGUAGAACUCCACACGGUGAAAUAUGUAGUUCGUUGUGUAACGAAAAUUCAAUGUUUCGAGAAACAUUACUGUGUAUUAUACAUAUUAUGAUGAUGAUGGUGAUGAUGCUGCUCUGUCUCGGUCAUGGAUAAAGAGGUAAUUUCGCGUGAUCAGUUGGCUGAAUUGUUCGUUACGUCGGAUAAUUAGAAUAUUUAUGAAGUAUGCUCGUAAUUGUCCAGUCAUCUGUAAAGAAAUUCUAUCAUUGCUCAUUGUAAAAUAGUGAAUUGUUCCUUUUUCGUUCGAGGUAUCGGCACAUGCCUUUUCUACAUCAGCAUACGAUACGAUGAUAUUCUCAAUUGUAUAAACGAUGAUAUAUCAAAUUUUAUAUAUUUAAACAUUGACGCUGUUAUGUCCAUGCAUCGAAUGAGUUGACUCGUUUGUUUCUUCUUAAAUCGUAGGGUAAAUAAAGCGGGCUUUUUAUGGCUAGGUAUUUUAACGAGCUUUUCUUUUCGAACCUCGACGUGUAGAAUAUGUAGCACUUUGGUCUUUGCUUUUAUUUAAAUUCACAAUAUGUAUAUACAGUUUUUAGGUAAGUUCAUUUUGUACCGUUAGGUAUAUAUGCAUACAUCAAUGUGCAUCUCACACGCGUAAUUGCAUUGAAAACAAAGUGUUCAGAAGCCACGUGUACGCGAGAUCGCCUCUUUAUACCCUGAACGAAAGCUCUGCAAAUUUUUAGUGUGAAUGUUUCCGUUUUUAAGUGACUAUUAAUAAUAAUAUUAAUAAUAAUUAUUAAUAAUAAUUAUAAUAAUAAAAAAAAAGAUAAAUAUAAUGAACGAAGAAAGGAAUAUGAAGAAACACAAAUAAUUAUAACAAUAUAAUAACUAGAGGAUGGCGAAUAAGUUGUGAAUUUUUGUAGUAUACAUUUUUAUUUCGGUCUACCAGGCCAGUUUGUGUGUACAACCAUGGUCAACGUUACUACGACAAAAAAAAAAAAAAGAAGAAAUAAUGUUAAAGGAAAAUGAAAAAAAACAAACAUCAAAUAUAUUGUAACUUUUUUUGCA